AACUUGCCAUGAAUAUGCUCCGCUGCUUUCCGGAGUGUGGGAUUUGCGGGCAGGAGUAUUCAGAAGACGAAAAGCUCCUAAUCCCUAGAAUUUUGACUGAAUGUGGUCACACGAUUUGUACAGGAUGUGCAGGAAAAAUAAAAGGACAGUCUUCGAUAAUCGCAUGCCCAUUUGAUCGAAUUGAGACGAGAAUUUGGAAAAAAGAUGUGACGAGACUCAAAAAGAAUUUUAGUAUUCUGGAAAUCAAACAAGAGGUGAAAGAUCGAAAGAACCGAGUAAUUUCGGAAAAGAAUGAGAAAAAGGAGAGGAAUAAGAAUGGAGUCUGUGAUGAGAACACGAAUCAUCACGCUUCGAAUUAUUGUGAGACAUGCGACGCCGAUUUAUGUGAAGAAUGCUGGACGUGGAUUCAUUCUAUAUCCACACUAGCACAUCAUGAGAAAAAGAUGAUUUCAACUCCUGAUUGUCAAUUUCACCCAGGAAAAAGUAUAAGUCUUGUGUGCAUGAGAGACAGAUGCAAGAAACGGCAGAAUCGACUGAUGUGCAGCGAAUGUUUUUUGGACAAAUGCUCGGAUCAUUUCGAGCACGAGCAUAGCUCUCUACACUUGGAACUCCCGGAGCUCAGAAGGAACAUCUGUUCGUCGUUGGCAUUGUAUCAUGAAAAAGAGAAGAAGAUAUUGGCCAAUAUUGGAAAACUUAGAGAAAUAAUUGCCACAUACUCAUACGACGGAGAGCCGUUUUUCCAAAAAAAGAAUGAGCUCCUGAGAUUUCGACAUUUUGAAAUGGGAGAAAUGGAUCAAGCAAUCAAAGUAUUGGAGAACGAGGUGGUGAAAAGAGUCCGAGUCCUCGAGUAUAAAAUCUCCAACCAGAAGCUGGAUCUCGAUUGGCUGCAGAAAAAUAAGGAUGCCAUUGUGAAACUGUCGGCUCUGCCGAAUAUGAAGCUUGUUCAGCGAAAGUGGGAACUUGAAGUGACUGUGAAGCGGAUUGAAAAGGAUUCAGCUGUCAGAAGACCUGAGUUCCUGGCUGACUGCUCGACGUGUAUUGUUCAUGUUCUAUCACAACGUCCAUUGCAAAUUGAGAUGAUACCGGCAUUUAGAUUGGAAAUUCGAGAGUGUCACCGAAACGAAGUGAGAAAGUUCAUCGAAAACCACAGCACUCGAAUUUCGUCCCGAUCAAACAUUCUUCGUUAUAAUUGCGACUUUUUAGAAAUCAUUGACAGAACUGAAGAUCUUACGAUUUAUUCUGAAGGAUUGCGCUUAAUAAUGAUAGUUGAUCUGCUCGAUGGUGAUCGUGAUCGAUACUUUGUCGCUCUGGAGCAGUUGGAAGAAGCUGUAGCAUAUGAAAAAAUAAUUGUUGGUCUGAAAAGCUAUUCUCGUGGACAUGGCGAAGCUGCAUCGAAUUUUCUCACUAAGCUGGCGGAUCUCCAUAACAAAAUGCCAAAAAUCACCGUUGUCGUAAAUGUCGACCGAAGCGAGGAUAUCGAGAAAAUUGUUAAUGAAUCAAUAAUCUAAAAUUAUAAUUGCACACUGUUAUUAUGAUCUCAAUUCUGUGUUUUUACAACGUUUUUUUUAUAUUUUUCCUUUUUAUUACCGUACGGUGUUUCAAAAAAUUAACGAGAUGCAAAAAGUAAUAAAAAAAAAGUCAACAACAAAA